AUUGAUAGACGCAAUCUCGGAGACGAAACCCGAGACACUUGUUUUUGGACAAAGAAACGAUAAUUAGCUUCGAAGAAAGUGCAAUUUCUACUCCGAUCGGGGCAGCAUGUCGUUGGGUGUGGAAAUCUUCGACCUACCUGCGAGGCACUUCCGAGUGUUCUGGGGUGCAUCCGGUGAUCUGUGGCAGUCGCUGUGGGAUCGCUUGCUGGAUAUAACAGGCGACGACCCCUUGCGGCUAUGGAUCUUCGGCACUCUUGUUUAUACCAUGGCCCUCUACUGGACCAUCGGAUCCAUCUACACGCUGUUCGACGUAACCAAUCAACCGGCGUUCCUGCGGCGCUACAAGGUCCAACCGGGAACCAACGAACCCGUAGACGGCAAUAGCCUCCGACGCGUCAUCCGCCAAGUCUUAUUCAACCAAUUUUUCACCGGCCUCCCAUUGCUUUUCGGCAUGUACCACGCAAUCACCCCACAAACCCCUCAAAUGAUCCGACAACUGCCAACCUUCACCGCCGUUCUGUGGCAGUUGGCCGUGUGCAUAGUGAUCGAAGAGUUAGGCUUCUACUACAGUCACCGCCUGCUGCACCAUGGACGAAUCUACAAAUUCAUCCACAAGCAGCAUCACGAGUGGACUGCUCCGAUCGCCAUAACUGCCAUGUAUUCGCAUCCGCUUGAAAACUUGGUCAGCAAUCUUCUGCCGAUCGGAGUAGGCGUGUGGGCUUCCGGUUGCCACAUCUCCGUCGCGUGGCUGUGGUUCACGUUGGCCAUUUCCAACACGCUGCAUGUACAUUCCGGGUACCAUUUGCCAUUGUUGCCCAGUCCGGAGCAGCACGAUUACCAUCAUUUGAAGUUCAACCAAUGCUUCGGCGUGCUGGGAGUGCUGGAUUGGUUGCACGGUACGAACAGUAUGUUCAUGAGCUCGAAGCAAGCGGAGCGGGACUACAUAAUGACCAAGCUGACGCCGGUGCGCGAAGUUCAUCCCGACAAGGAUGGGUUCGGUAAAAAGAGCAAAUAAUGAAGAAUGGGGGGUUAUGUUUUUGUUUUGCAUGCUCGAACAAUCAGUACGUAAGUCAAUGCAAUUGGUAUGACAUGUGCUCUGUAUGUAUGUAGUGAUUAAUUGGUGGUAAAUAUUCGAUGGAAUAUUUUUUUAAUUAUAAAGAUGGAAAUUGGAAA